CAAUUUCAACCGUACGUCCUUGAGUACAUUCAUUUUCCCGACCCCUCAGGGAUUUUUGCCGGCCUCGGGUGUUACAAAGAUUCACUCAUUGGUUCAGACAGGUUUAACAGCGCGGUGCUGGCAGUCAGAAUUGGCGCUAAGUGGCUUUAUGUUGGCCCACGUGUUUUUUAGUCCGCUCGUCGGUUCAUUUGUCCUCGUUUCGCAUGAAACUAGCUCGCCGAGUGGCUUGUUUACCGUGGUUUUUGAGUUGGCCCAUUCGGCCUUAAAUAGUUUUGCAUCCGGUCAGAGGCAUUACCAAGCGUCCAUUUUUUAUUGCUGUAUUGACUCCCAGUGCGUGUAUUGAGGAAUUUUGCCGAAUAUUUUUGUUCUUAUCCUCGUAGAAGUUCUCAAAGAUGCCUUGCAGCCUGAUUUUCAACAGGUUGAAGACGGGCGACUCCGGGCACUGGUUCAAGAUCUCCCCGCAGUUCUUCUUAAAUCCAAAGCCGACAGUACCGCGAGGAAGUACGAAAAGGGCUUCAAUACGUGGAGAAAAUGGGCGUCUCAGUUUAAAGAAAUUGUUAUAUUUCCCGCUUCUAGUGUGCACGUUUCAUUGUUCUUUCUUAGCUUGAUUCAAGAAUCUGCUUCUUGCAGUACUAUUGACGAAGUCCAUUAUGGGCUCAAGUGGGUGCAUGAUUUGGCAGGUCUACCCGACCCCUGUAAUUCCUCGUUAGUUUUACCUUUAAUAGAAUCUGCUAAGAGGCUUCUCAGUAUCCCUGUUAAAAAGAAAGAGCCUGUGACCCCCGAGGCUAUUCAGCUUUUAUUUUCUAAGUAUGGAUCGUCCUCAGCUAGUUUGUCUGAUUUACGAGUGCUUACUUUGUGCGUU